GGCGGCCGGGAGCCUGCGAGCUGCGGCGGGACCCGAGCGCACGCAAGGACGCGGCGACGGCCGGGGCUAGUCGGGCUGCGGAGGCGGCCGUCGGGAGUGCGGAGCGCCCCGAGCGAGGGUCCAACGCCGGCAGGCAACAGAGGGCACGGCUGGCUCGGCACUGGAAGGGGCCCGGCGCUCGCAGCCCCCCACGCCCAGAGAGGAUGCGGUGCGCCCUGAGAGCCGGGUAGCCUCGGAUAGCGGCGCUGCGUACGCGAUGAUGGAUGAGCCGUGGUGGGAAGGGCCCGUCGCCUCGGACGUCCACUGCACCCUGCGCGAGAAGGGUCAAAGCUCCCAGGAGAAUCCACAAAAGGAAUCUGGAAAUCGGGGACAGGAGCUGGAGGUGUGGAGGGAAGAGCUUUGGAGCCACUCCACAGAGUGAUCCAGGAGGAAAGCGGAGAGAUCCAAGAAUUGGACCUGUGACAGAGAACCAGCAUGGAGAGGAACUGAAGCUGCCCGCCUUCCGAGCCCACUCCCCACUCCUGAAGAGCCGCCGGUUCUUCGUGGACAUCCUGACCCUGCUAAGCAGCCACUGCCAGCUCUGCCCUGCAGCCCGGCACCUGGCUGUCUACCUGCUGGACCACUUCAUGGAUCGCUACAACGUCACCACCUCCAAGCAGCUCUACACCGUGGCCGUCUCCUGCCUCCUGCUUGCAAGUAAGUUCGAGGAUCGGGAAGACCACGUCCCCAAGUUGGAGCAAAUAAACAGCACGAGGAUCCUGAGCAGCCAGAACUUCACCCUCACCAAGAAGGAGCUGCUGAGCACAGAGCUGCUGCUCCUGGAGGCCUUCAGCUGGAACCUCUGCCUGCCCACGCCUGCCCACUUCCUGGACUACUACCUCUUGGCCUCCGUCAGCCAGAAGGACCACCACUGCCACACCUGGCCCACCACCUGCCCCCGCAAGACCAAAGAGUGCCUCAAGGAGUAUGCCCAUUACUUCCUAGAGGUCACCCUGCAAGAUCACGUAUUCUACAAAUUCCAGCCUUCUGUGGUAGCUGCAGCCUGUGUUGGGGCCUCCAGGAUUUGCCUGCAGCUUUCUCCCUACUGGACCAGAGACCUGCAGAGGAUCUCAAGCUAUUCCCUGGAACACCUCAGCACGUGUAUUGAAAUUCUGCUGGUAGUGUAUGACAACAUCCUCAAGGAUGCCGUAGCCGUCAAGAGCCAGGCCUUGGCAAUGGUGCCCGGCACCCCCCCCACCCCCACCCAAGUGCUGUUCCAGCCACCAGCCUACCCCGCCCUCGGCCAGCCAGUGACCACCCUGGCACAGUUCCAGACCCCUGUGCAGGACCUAUGCUUGGCCUAUCGGGACUCCUUGCAGGCCCACCGUUCAGGGAGCCUGCUCUCGGGAAGCACAGGCUCAUCCCUCCACACCCCGUACCCCCCGCUGCAGCCCCUGGAUAUGUGUCCCAUGCCCGUCCCCGCGUCUCUUAGCAUGCAGAUGGCCAUUGCAGCUGAGCCCAGGCACUGCCUCGCCACCGCCUAUGGAAGCAGCUACUUCAGUGGGAGCCACGUGUUCCCCACCGGCUGCUUUGACAGAUAGGCCAUCUCCAGACCUCAUGAGGAAGCCUUGGAGAUCUGGGCAGGGGAAGAGGACACUGAAGAGGAGAGCUCAGCCAAGUGAGGCAGCAGGAGGCCAUCCCUGAAGAGCCUUGGAACGUGGAGGGUCUGUGCUCCUUUUAAAUAAAACUGACCCAGAGCAAAACAUUCAAUAACAUACCUCACCCGAGAGCAUUCCUCUGAGAAACGUCUGCCACUUGUGGCUAGGGUACAAAAGGAUGGCUUGGUGGCCGUCCCCCCACGCAGGGGCCCAGUGAAUCGAGAAAGACUUGAUAAGAGGCCAGGAGAGUGGGAACUGGACACAGACCACUGAUCUCAAGCGUGUCCAGUUUUUAGCAUUAAAGACUUCUCUAUUCUUUGCUGAUGGCAGCUACACCACUGAAAAAGGAGGGGCAGCCUGGCGUGUUCUCAGGACCCCUGGAGGAUCCCGUAUUGGGUGCUUUUCUUUCCCUGGCUCCGUGCAGAGGGGCCUGAGUUGGUGUGUAUGCCUGAGCGUUGUUUGCCUUGCGAGGCACAGUGGGUGGCUGUCUUGCCUUUGUUUUCAAACCUAAAACCAUUUUCAGCCUUUUAGAUAUGUCAUGUGCUGCUGCUUCGCGAAGUGGUCUCGCUUUGUUUCGUAAGAUGUCUUGUUUACACACUGUAUCAGGGAUUUGGUGAUACUUGAAAAUUCCUUUGGAGAAAAAAAAAACCUUAAUUGCCACACUGCCUGUCCCACAUGAGGGCUGUUAAGUUGGAACCCAAGUUUGAACCCAACUUGUGAUGGACCCGCAGGUAACCACAGAGCUUCCUUUUUGAAAGCAUAUGGUUGGAGAGAACCACUUUCCCAGCUCUCGGUUCCAGAAGAUUCCACGUCUUAGAGGCUGUGUUCACCACUAGAACAUUAAUAACUACCCAGGGAGGGAGAAGCUCGUUGAAAGGAAGACAAAGAUUUAAACAAUUCCCACCUCUCUCCACCACAUACUUACAGUGCAUGAGUUUAACCCAGUCUCGGCUUUGAGUGUGGCUGAUAGUGAAGGAUAGCAAUGUGGAAAAUUUGCUUAGUCCCACCUGGAUUUGGGGAGUGGGAUGUACAUGGGCAUUUGAUACCAGCAUUGAUAGGCAAGCGGCUGGUUGGAUCAAAAGCCAGUACUUAGGGAUCUGCAGCGAGAGGGCUCUCAGGAAGACUCUUGUAACCAUGUGCAAUAUGUUUUUAUUCUGACUCAUGGCUUGUGCUCAGCAUGUUCUUUGGUUUAGUUUGGGGUUGGGGGACACAUCGUUCACCCAUCAGAACUGGGAGGUGCAAAGGACCGUGGAAGCAAUUUUUGUUUUGCUUGAGGAAUACCUGUCUUGGUUUCCUUAGCCCCUUGCCAGUCCUGGAGACUGUGGCAGGGGCCGCCAGGAAGGCAGCUGUGUGCUGCUGAGUCAGAUCCGAAGGUGGUGAAUCUUUCCAGAGCAGCUGAAAAUCUCAGCGUGGAGACAGUAAGAAAAGAGACGGAGUGUGGAUAAGACUCUGCCACCAUGUCACACUAGCAUAGGAGGCUGCACGUUCAUUUGUUGUUUUUCUUUUUUUCCUUUGCCAACCUCCGUUCUAUUUAUGUGCAAGCAGUUUGGAUUCAAGUUCUUGUAUCUGUCUGUUCUGGGACCUGGGGAUCGUGAGGAUUCCCUCACAGCCAGCACGGCCCCCAGAAGGAGGCGUCCCACAAUAAACACAUCACCUGCUCUUGGUCUCU